UGCCGAGAACUUGUUGGAAGCAGCCGGGAGCUGCCACGUCUGAGACCCGUAGACGGGAGCGCCAGAUCGGGCCUGCGGUGGGGCUGAUUUGUGAAACGAGGACUUAAAGUGACAAGGAGAGCUGCAGCGAGAUCCGCCAUCAUGGUUUCUGUAAUAAACACCGUGGACACCUCCCACGAGGAUAUGAUUCACGAUGCUCAGAUGGAUUAUUACGGCACCCGUCUGGCUACCUGCUCCUCUGACAGAUCGGUGAAGAUCUUUGAUGUGAAGAAUGGAGGCCAGAUCCUGAUUGCAGACCUGAGAGGGCACGAGGGUCCGGUAUGGCAAGUGGCUUGGGCCCAUCCGAUGUAUGGCAACAUUCUAGCUUCUUGCUCUUAUGACCGGAAGGUGCUGAUCUGGAAGGAAGAAAAUGGGACCUGGGAGAAGACCUACGAGUACACCGGCCAUGACUCUUCGGUAAACUCCGUGUGCUGGGCUCCCCAUGAGUUCGGGCUGAUGCUCGCCUGCGGCAGCUCAGAUGGUGCCAUUUCUCUUCUCACGUACACUGGAGACGGACCGUGGGAGGUGAAGAAGAUCACAAAUGCCCACACGAUUGGGUGUAAUGCAGUGAGCUGGGCCCCUUCUGUGGUUCCUGGCAGCCUCAUAGAUCAACCAUCUGGACAGAAACCCACUUACAUUAAGAAAUUUGUCUCUGGCGGAUGUGACAAUCUUGUGAAAAUCUGGAGGGAAGAAGAUGGCCAGUGGAAGGAGGAUCAGAAGCUGGAAGCCCACAGCGACUGGGUGCGGGAUGUGGCCUGGGCUCCCUCCAUUGGUCUACCAACUAGCACCAUAGCAAGUUGCUCUCAGGACGGCAGAGUUUAUAUCUGGACGUGCGACGAUCCUACAACCAACUGCUGGAACCCAAAGUUGCUGCACAAGUUCAACGACGUGGUUUGGCACGUGAGCUGGUCCAUCACUGCAAACAUCUUGGCUGUAUCCGGUGGAGAUAAUAAGGUGACCCUGUGGAAGGAAUCCGUGGAUGGGCAGUGGGCUUGCAUCAGCGACGUAAACAAGGGACAGGGAGCGGUGUCUGCUGUAACAGAUGGACAACAAAACGAACAGUAAUGAAAGCCCCAUGAACUCUGAUUUGGACUUACCCUGAUGUCAAAUUCAUAAUUCCAGUUCAAGUCCUAACUCCUUUCAAGUUGUUUCGGCACUGAAAGGGUGAAUCCGCCAAGGACUAUUUGCUCGUGAUCGCUAGCGCAUCCCGUUGUAACAGGGACCGCAACACAUUCCCGUUUGUUGACACCGCUGGCAAGCUUGACAAACCAUGCCGUGGCGUGUACUAUCGCGGGGUUCCCUGUCUUCGAACAGUUUAGACAAAUGGUUUACGAUGUGUUUCUCACCCUUUACACGGAAGAGGGUUAAAGAACGGGGGAAACUUAAGAUAAUCGUGUAUGCACCAAAAAUAUGCCAAUUGUUAUCUGGAUUAAGUUUCUGCGUGUUAAUUAGUUAAUAAAUUUAAAAGUAAAUUAAUCUGCCCCUGAAUGUUUCACAUUAAAGUAGAGAUCCCAGAUAAUGAAUCCCAACGCA